AGGGUCCGGACUCUUACAGGCAAGGAGAUCGAGCUCGACAUUGAGCCCGAUACCAAGGUCGCCCACAUCAAGGAGAAGGUCGAAGAGAAGGAGGGUAUCCCUCCCGUACAGCAACGUCUGAUCUUUGGCGGAAAGCAGAUGGUCGAUGACAAGACGGCAACCGAUUACCAACUCGAGGGCGGCGCGACCCUCCAUCUCGUUUUGGCUCUUAGAGGUGGAAGGUGGUAG